AUGUGUAAAUUAAGAAUGAGUCAGGGCAGUAAUAAACAUAAAAAGCAAUCCCAAGAAGAAUUAAAUUUAGAUCAAUUAAUUGAAGUUCUUAGUUAUGAUAAAAAAGAUCUACCAAUUGAAUUAACUGAAAAAACGAUUGCCAAUAAUCAACGUCAAGUUGGUAGUAGUAGAGCUAAAAUUUUAAUGCGUGGAGUUACUGAACAACAAUUAUUAGAUCUUGCUCAUUCAGCACGAGCAUUAUUUAUGAGUGAACCAGUUCUUGUGCAUAUUACUUCACCAUUGAUUAUUGUUGGUGAUUUACAUGGACAGCAUACUGAUCUAUUACAAUAUUUUAAACGAUGUGGUAAACCACCAGAUCAAAAAUAUUUAUUUCUUGGCGAUUAUGUUGACCGUGGUAGACAAUCGUUGGAAACAAUUUCGCUUAUUUUGGCUUAUAAAUUAAAAUAUCCUGAUAAAUUAGCUGUUUUACGAGGAAAUCAUGAGUGUAGUCGUAUAAACCGUAUCUACGGUUUCUAUGAUGAAUGUAAGCGUCGUUAUUCAACAAAAUUAUGGAAAGUAUUCACUGAUUGUUUUAAUUGUCUUCCUUUAGCCGCACUAGUUGACAAUAGUAUGUUUUGUGCACAUGGAGGAUUAUCACCAGAUUUAAAGAAAUUAGAACAGUUGAAUGAAAUACGACGUCCAACUGAAGUGCCAGAUAUGGGUAUUAUUUGUGAUUUAUUAUGGUCAGAUCCUGAUGGAUCAUAUGCUGGUUGGAAAGAAAAUGAACGUGGUGUUUCCUAUACAUUCGGUGAAGAUGCUUUAAUUCGUUUCAUGAAUGAUUGUAACGUUAAGUUAGUGGUUAGAGCACAUCAAGUUGUUGAAGAUGGUUAUGAAUUUUUUGCUGAUAAAAAGGUUGUAACCGUAUUCAGUGCAGCAAAUUAUUGUGGUGAAUUUGAUAAUGCUGGUGCAGUUAUGCAAAUUAAUGAAGAUUCAGUCUGUUCAUUUGUGAUUUUAAAACCAUAUAUAACUAAAAAGAAAUCCACCUUGGAAGAAUCGGAAUCUACCGGAGACCUUGAAAAGAAAGAAGACUCCAAGGUAAAAGAGCAAGAGGAGAUGACAGAAUCAGUAACCAACAUACAGAAAUCAAAGUAA